GCCUCGCCGAGGACCCUGGGCUGGGCGCCUGUGCCGGUUUGUCUACCCUUUCCCCUCAGCCGCCUCCUUUCAACCUUGUCGGCCGGUUGGCGCGGUCUCCAUCCCAGCGGCGACCGCUCCUGUUGCAGCUCUCUGCCUUCCGUUCCUUCCCGCCAGGUCCCGGAGUUUCGCGCGCCAUGGCUCUCCUCACUGCGGCAGCCCGGCUCUUGGGAGCCAAGAGCUCAUCCUGCCUCGUACUUGCCGCCCGGCAUGCCAGUGCGUCUUCAACGAACUUGAAAGAUGUACUGAGCAAUCUGAUACCUAAGGAGCAGGCCAGAAUUAAGACCUUCAAACAGCAACAUGGGAAGACAGUGGUGGGCCAGAUCACUGUGGACAUGAUGUAUGGUGGCAUGAGAGGCAUGAAGGGACUUGUGUAUGAGACGUCGGUUCUUGAUCCUGAUGAGGUAAGACUCCAUUGUCCGCCAGUGACCAUACAAACGAAUUUGGAAACUAAACAGCACAGUGCAGACGAGGUAUGGAUAGGAGCAGAAGAGCCUGCUUUCUCUUUAGUACAUCAAAGUAAGAGCAAGUGUGUGAAGAUGAAGAUUGGAAACCUGCUGCAUUAUCUUUACUCAGAUAGUACUGUUCUAUUUUUUCUGAGCAUGUCUCCUUUUUCACAGGUAUCUUGGCUCUCACAAGAAUGGGCAAAAAGGGCAGCUCUGCCUUCUCAUGUGGUCACCAUGCUGGACAAUUUCCCAACCAAUCUGCACCCCAUGUCUCAGCUCAGUGCAGCCAUCACAGCCCUCAACAGUGAAAGCAACUUCGCCCGGGCAUAUGCAGAGGGAAUGAACCGAGCUAAGUACUGGGAGCUCAUCUAUGAAGACUGUAUGGACCUGAUUGCCAAGCUACCGUGUGUUGCAGCAAAGAUCUACCGGAAUCUGUACCGGGAGGGCAGCAGUAUUGGAGCCAUUGACUCUAAGCUAGACUGGUCCCACAAUUUUACCAACAUGUUAGGCUACACGGACCCUCAGUUCACCGAGCUCAUGCGUUUGUACCUCACCAUCCAUAGUGACCAUGAAGGUGGUAAUGUAAGUGCCCACACAAGCCAUUUGGUGGGCAGCGCCCUUUCGGACCCUUACCUGUCCUUUGCAGCAGCCAUGAAUGGGCUGGCAGGGCCUCUACACGGACUAGCAAAUCAGGAGGUGCUUGUCUGGCUGACACAGCUACAGAAGGAAGUUGGCAAAGAUGUGUCAGAUGAGAAGUUACGAGACUACAUCUGGAAUACACUCAACUCAGGACGGGUUGUCCCAGGAUAUGGCCAUGCGGUACUGAGGAAGACCGAUCCUCGAUAUUCCUGUCAGCGAGAGUUUGCUCUGAAACAUCUACCUAAGGAUCCCAUGUUUAAGCUGGUUGCUCAGCUAUACAAGAUUGUGCCCAAUAUCCUCUUAGAGCAAGGGAAGGCUAAGAACCCUUGGCCCAACGUAGACGCUCACAGUGGGGUGCUGCUCCAGUACUAUGGCAUGACGGAGAUGAACUACUACACAGUCCUGUUCGGAGUGUCGCGGGCACUGGGUGUGCUGGCCCAGCUCAUCUGGAGCCGGGCCCUAGGUUUCCCUCUAGAAAGGCCCAAGUCCAUGAGCACGGAUGGUCUGAUGAAGUUUGUGGACUCUAAGUAAGGGUAAAAUGGGAGACUGGGGGGAAACUGACUAUAAGAAAAUGAGGAAGCUUAAAAAUAAAGUGUAAUUUUGUUUUGUUUCAGGGGCCUUUAA